CAUCCCACUGCACUCCCCUGUACUUCUGAGGGCACUCACCAGCUGAGUUCAUUGUUAGAAGAAAUACUCAAGAAGGGUGUCAAAAAAAGAGUAAAUAUGAAGAUUCAUCAAUUACCUGUAGAAAUUUAAAAGCAGGCAAUAAAUACAAAUACAUUAUAUGAAACUGGGAUUCAGAUAUGCAUCAGCAGGGUUCCCCACCCCCAUCCUUCACCCUGAACAGAACAUUAUACAAAACAGAAAAGAACGUUCUACAAAAAGAAGAAGCCAAUUUCAAGGUGAAGGAUGGAUCAACCGAGUUCAGUCUUUCCAAGCAACCUAUACAAUCUACUCCGUGGAUUUCGAUACAGUACAGAAAAGGGGUUGCCAGAUACCUGCUUUGACUUGAGUGAUCCUCUGGAUUCUGGUGAAAUGGAAUGGACCGUGCCUUAUGGACCCGAUCUUACUUGUCCAGGGUUCGCGGUCUGUAAUUGAAGCCGGGGGACGCCAACUGAAACAAGCUAUAUUCAGAGGCAGGUGAAGCGCCCGAAGAAGGUGCCAUCUGAUCUGCAUACGUCUGAACGGACGGCGAGAGAUUCGCCAUCGACUUCACUGGUUGAUUCAGGGAUCUCCUUGGGGAGCGCAGCUUCCCUUCGGCUCUUCCAUCCAAGGUCUUCAUUCUCCGUCGGCCCGACGAUCCGGACACGCCCCAAACGCUCCUGGCGAGGUCGCCGUCUGCUGCAGGGAUGGCCGUGGUGCUGGACAGUGACUCCGGGGAAAUGGGCAGCCUCUCGGAGGCAGCUCCAUCAUCCAAUGGAGGAAGUUUCCCUGAUAUCAUUUCCAUCAGUUCUGCGGAAGAAAUGUCUCAGUCAAGUACCCUAAGGCCAAGCACAACUGUAUCAUUGGAGAACUAUAGUUCUGGUGUAAUUUCUAUAAGUUCCGUGGAGGAAUCAAACACUCCCAAACCAAGGAGAGAAAACAUUGCAUAUGAAGUCAACUUCAAGGAGAGAAAUAUUGAAGAAAUCUGCAUAUGCUGUGGAAGCCUUGAGAUUCGCACUCAGCACCCUUUGUUUCAAGGAGGAAUGUGUGCUCCAUGCACAGAACAUCUUUUGGAGAGAUUCUUCCUGUGUGACAAUGAUGGGUACAAGACUGAUUGUGCCAUAUGCUGCUGGAGCAAAUCUCUCAUAAUGUGUGAUGAUCCAACCUGUAACAGGUGUUUUUGUGAAGAAUGCAUGGAUAGCCUCGUGUGUUCAGGAUUCUCAGACGAGAUAAAAAAGAAGUCUCCCUGGAUAUGUUUCCUGUGUGCACCACAGCGAGCAUAUGGUCUACUCAAGAGGAAGAGAAGAUGGCGUGCAGAACUGAAGCGCUUCUACGAUCAAGAGUCUAACCAUCUGUGGAUAUAUCAGCCUUUGCAGACAUGGGAUAAAAAACCAGUCCGUGUGCUCUCCCUUUUUGACAAUAUUACACAAGAGCUGAAAAGUUUGGGGUUUCUGGGGGAAAGCAAGGGCAAUGGGACACUGAAGUAUUUGGAUGAUGUCACCGACGUGACACGAAUACAUAUAGAAGAAUGGGGUCCAUUUGAUUUUAUAUUUGGGUCUACGCCACCCAUUGGAAACUCUUAUCAACAUCCCUCUGCCUGGUAUUUUUACCAAUAUUUUCGUAUUCUUCAGUACGUGACACCCCCAGAAAUGAUGUUUUUCUGGAUGUUUGUGGAUAACCUUGUGCUGGAGGAAGAAGACCGAGAUACAGCUUCUCGAUUCUUUCAGAUGGAAGCUGUGAUCAGAUAUAAGCAGCAUGAUGACACCAUCCAGAAUGCAGUACACAUAUGGAGUAAUAUCCCAUCUGUUAACAGCAAAUAUUCUGCAUCUGCCUUGUACGUGGAUUUGUCUCUUUUGGCAAAGAACAUCCUUGAAACCAGAAUCUUCUCUCAGCGUCCAGCCACUCUGAUUAAGGACUUUUUUGUGCCCUUGAAGGAAUAUUUUAGGACAUUUCCAUAAGACAUUCUUUGUAUUGUAGGUCAGCCUAUGAGCAGGAUUGCCAUAAUCAGCUGUCCCUUUAAUACUGCUUUGAUAUUAAUAAGAAAGAUUGUUAUCUCGAUGCAGAGAAAUUUCAUCUACUGAUUUAUUCAUACCAAGCUGUUUUCGAUGCAUAGGAGCCAGCCAAGCUGUUUUUCUUCUAAUCAGUUGGCCAUCAUCCUGAAAAAAUAUUUUUGGAUUGUUGAUACAAUUCCUAUUCCAACUGCCUUCUGCCUGAUUCUUUAUUUUAUUUUACCUGGGUUUGCAUCAUACAUGUACACAAGCUCUAAUUGUUAUGAUAUUUUUCAUAAUUUAAAAACUUUAUAAACUGCCUUUCUGCCCUAACAAGGGCUCACAAGGCAGGAUACAAACCCAAAACAAAAACAAAAUGUAAUACAAUAAUAUAGUGUACAUAUUUAUGCUGUACAUAUUUUUAAAAUAUUUAAAUGCUAGAAAUUCAUUAAUGGUGAGGAAUUAUCACAGUUAAUGGCUGCAAAAUGUUCCACCAGGAGAAUGAAAAACUAAAAUUUGCAGUGUUAAGAGAAUCUUAAAAAUUACUUGCUUUUGAGUAUAUUGUACUUGCUUAUGCUUUCCGAAGGGUACUUUUAAAACAAAUAAAUGUUAUUUUGUCAUAGGAGAAAUGCAAUGUUAAACUUGAUUUGUUCGUCCCCAUUUAAGGAAACAAUUUAUAAAGUUCUUUAUCUGAAAUUCA